AGUCACCCACCAGCGAAGCCUGGGCUCGGACCUGGCAGGCGCUUGCGCUUCUCUUUCUCCCUCAAGGAACUUGUCGACUUCGCGCCUCUCCCGCCCCCGCAGCGCAACUCCUUUCCCUUGGCGUCCCUUAGCCCGCCGCUGCUCCCUUUCUUUCUGCCCGAGCAGGAUCCCCUCAGCGGACGCAAAGGAAGCCUGGAAGAGGUUGGGGAGUGGGGGGGGGGGAGGCGGAUCGCGACCUCGCUCCCCGCCCGGGCUGUGCGCGAAGAGUUUGGGAGAGAGGCUCCCCUGCCGGCUCUCGGCACGCCCCCGCCGCGGUCAGACUAUUUGUAGGAGUCGCCCAGAGAGGAUCCCCGAGCAGUUGGGCGGCCGGAGAAAGGAAAUCCAGCCGCCUCCGGGAAGAAAAGCGGGCUUUCGAAGCGGGAUGGGGGAGCAGAGGAUGAUGCCUCUGGGCUGCGGGAAGAUGCUGCUGCUUCUGCCUCCGUCCACUCUGCUGCUUGCCCUGGCUGGGCUGCUGGCUUCCUGGGCGCCUCUGGCGCGGGGCGCGGCUUGCGAGCCGGUGCGCAUCCCUCUGUGCAAGUCUCUGCCCUGGAAUAUGACCAAGAUGCCCAACCACCUGCACCACAGCACGCAAGCCAACGCCAUCCUGGCCAUGGAGCAGUUCGAAGGCUUGCUGGGCAUCCACUGCAGCCCGGACCUGCUCUUCUUCCUCUGCGCCAUGUACGCGCCCAUCUGCACCCUCGACUUCCAGCACGAGCCCAUCAAGCCUUGCAAGUCAGUCUGCGAGAGGGCCCGGGCCGGUUGUGAACCGGUCCUCGUCAAGUACGGCCACGCCUGGCCGGAUAGCCUGGCCUGCGACGAGCUGCCGGUCUACGACCGAGGGGUCUGCAUUUCCCCCGAGGCGAUCGUCACAGCCGAAGGAUCCGAUUUCCCUAUGGAUUCUAAUAAUGGGAACUGUAGAGGCACCAAUGCUGACUACUCUUAGUGGAAGGCUCCAUAGCUGAGAAAUGGAAGGAUCGUCUCGGUAAAAAAGUGAAGCGCUGGGACCAGAAGCUCCGUCAUCCUGCCAAAGGCAGAAAUGAACCUGGGCAAAGUGAUUCUGCUCCCAAAUCUGGGAGAAGCACCAAUCCACGGCAAAGGCGCAACUGAGAUGAAGAAUACUUUGAGGCCAAAACCAAUCCAUGGACUUGUAUAAAUUAAAAGACUUGCCUUCUUGAAGCAGCAAAAGAGAAAUUGCACUAUUGCACGUUGCCUUUUAUUGUUUACUAUGAGUUCAUUCUGUAGCCAAUGUUGGUGUUUUUUACCCUUCCCUUCCCUUGUUUUUUGUUUUUGUUUUUGCCUCUUGCAUUGUGCAGGAGUACAAACACUUGGAAAAGAAAGGUAUAUUAUAUUCACAAACAUCUAUCUGUGAAUUACAUUGACAAACAUUUUUCUUUCCUUGAAUGGCCAAGUUGAUUUCAUUGGAUGCUCAUGAUAAUUCUUUGUAUACUGUUCUUUCAGUCUAGAAAGCCACAAAUACUUUUCUUUAUAUGCAUAAACAAGUUGCCUGAAAGGACAUUAAAAAAAAAAAAACACACCAAAUCCCACAAUUCUUAGGUUGUGUUAAAAAAUAAUUAAGAAUAAUUCAAAUUCCCCUGUAGUCAUAAAGGAGAAUGAGGUGAGUGUGAAGAAUAUCAGGACCCCACAUAUUAAGAAAAAUUAAGAUCUUAAUGGACAUUUUCUAAUAGAAAUAAAACUCCAAAAGGCAAAUGAGUUCUAAAAGUUGUUAUCUGGAAAACACAAGCUAUUUUUUACAAUUGGCAAGUGAAAAAAUUGAUCAAUUUUAAAGAAUUUCCCCCCUUCUCCUUACUCAUAUUGAUACUCUCCAUGGUGGCCUAGAUUAUGCAAAGAAAUUAUACCAAGAGAAUUCAGCCUUUUAGAGUAGGUUUGCUAAUAAAUGUCAAUUCCGCUUCAAUAAACCACUUAUAUGAAGCUUUGUUUUAAAACAUUAGCCAUGACAAAGACCGCACAAAGGAUUUACUUUUGAAAGUCUUAAUCCUUCUGGGAAAAGUUGUAUAGAAUUGUUAAAUCCCAAAGAUAUCCCGGACUUGUCCUCUGUUAACACUUCUCCCUCAUUUUCACUGUUGCUAUGCUGAGUAAUAGGAAUACAGGCCUGCAUCUCAGCGUAGAUCUGCAUUUUAUCAUUUCAGGCUGUCCUUUUGAUUGUAUUUCACUAUCUAUAUGCAACUGGAAUGUUUAAUGGUCAGUGUUGGGGAUCUGGAUGAAUGCUUCUGAGAAAGCUGAAAGGGUGGUCCUAUUAUUGGACUAAAACUUCCUACCAUGUUGGCUGUGGACAAUGGGAGUCUGAGUCUAACACUGCUGGAGAACCAUAGAGUCUUCCCCCUUAUCAGUCACAAAUAAAAGCAUCAACUUCUUUGCAAUCAGAGGACAUUUUAAACACCUUACAAUGCAUAUUUCCAUUCAAGUGCCAACCGAUCAUCCUAAUGAUCAGAUCUUUUAAGUCUUUUGUAGCAUUUCCAAUACCUUGAAGUUGUAAUUCCGAUCUUUCUCCCUCUCUGAAUUGAAAUAAAACAAUUAUUUUAGAAAA